AGUAUUUUCAUUUUUCUAGGGUUUUAGCACAAACCAUUCGAAUUCUCAUCAUCAUCAUCGGCCCUCUUUUUUUCUGCUCAAUUUUAAUCUGAAUCAACAUGAGUAGAUCCGGACAACCUCCAGAUCUCAAGAAGUACAUGGACAAGAAGCUCCAAAUUAAGCUCAAUGCAAAUAGGUUGGUGAUCGGAACUCUUCGUGGAUUUGAUCAAUUCAUGAACUUGGUCGUCGACAACACUGUUGAGGUAAACGGUGAUGAGAAGACUGACAUUGGAAUGGUGGUCAUUAGAGGUAAUAGUGUUGUCACUGUCGAAGCACUGGAACCUGUAAACAGAAUGCAGUGAAAAUGAUCUGGCUGGGCGGUGGUUUAAUGUAGCUUUGACUCUUUUGUAUCUCUCUUGAUAUGGCACACUUGUGGUUUUGUAAGUCAUGUUAUACAUACAAGCCCUUUGAGAUUAAAAAUUGGCUAGCCAACUUUAUUCAUCGGAAUUCAACGUUUUAGCUAGGCCAUUGUCUUUUCCUGUGAUAUCCUGUCUGGUUAUGACUAUCUAAUAGUUUAUUAUCAGUGAUAAUUAGUGUUA